AUAAUGGCGCAAUACUAUUCAGACGUGCUCGACACAGAGUCCUUUCGCCUCGCAACUGUCUGCCUAGCCGCUCAUCCUGAUACCAAGUCCCAGGUGCCGAGCGUGACACUCACGACACAUGUUCUGUCCGGCGCCCCAGACCUCGCUUACAAUGCGCUAUCUUACACUUGGGGUUCACCGCGAGACGGCCCCUCACUUCCCGACCAGACUCCAAUCUGGAUAGACGCCCUCUGCAUCAACCAGUCCAACCCCAGCGAGCGAUCUCCACAGGUCUCCGUCAUGAACCAGAUCUACGGAAAGGCAAACCGCGUUAUUGUCUGGCUUGGAAAGGCCUUCCCCGAGCUAGAGGUCGGACUCAAAGCAGCUGAGAGAAUCGGUAAUGCAUCAGUUCCUGAGACACUUCGUAUGAUUCGAACGCAGACAUGGGAUUUCAGUUCUGACUUGUCAACGAUGCCGGAGCGUUAUGGUAUGGAUCCUGUUGAUCAGGAAGAAGCUAUUGGUCUGGUCACUCUUUACAUGAGUAACUGGUUUACCCGGAUUUGGAUCAUCCAGGAAGUUUCCCUCACCAGCGACGUGGUUAUUCUAUGCAACGGCAGAUUCACCGGCUUUGACUGCGUGGGUUACGCAGCAGCGUUCCUGCACUACAGCGGAUUCUUCCAAUCUGUGGUCGACCUUGUUCCUAGGGACAGGCCUGGUAUUCACAUUCGUGGCGGUAUCAACAUCUUUCAUGCAGAAAGAAUCCAAUUGCUUCGCGAGUGGUGCAAAGGCACGAAGAGUCUGUGGGUUGGUGUCCUUGCCAUGAUCGACCUGGAAGCUGGUCUUGGGAAGCAUCAUACGAAGCCCUCAGCAAUAGUCCCCUUACGGGUGUUCUUCUCCACCUUUGGAAUGAAAGCAACAGAUCCUCGGGAUUCCAUCUAUGGGUGGAAUGGUAUCUUGAAGCAUAUGGCAACUCAAGAAGGGGUCUCUCUGCCGUCAGUGUUCGAGCCAGAUUACGAUAUCGACAUCAAAGACUUGCUGCGAAACAUCGCCUGCAACAUCAUCGAGACGACUGAUUCUCUUGUCUACCUAAGCCUGGUCAAGGACCCCAGCAUGCGAGAAACACCAGGCCUUCCAUCUUGGGUUCCUGACUAUCCACCGGUUCUGUACAACAGUGUCCAUGGACCAAACUUUAGAUCCAUUGGAACUGUCAAUUCUUCGAAACAUGUUCCCCACUCCCCCAAUCAAUAUCCAUUUACUAUCGCUGGAAAUGUCCUUGAAGCUUUUGGCUUUCGUCUCGGCACCGUUCGGAUGAUUGGUGAAGGGUUUCUUAAAUGCCUUCAAGGCCGUCUUAAGGUACUUGGGGACAUUCUCCUUACUAUGGGUGAGAUUUAUCCAUAUACAAACCAACGUGCAGAUGAAGUUCUUUGGAGAACUUUGAUCUGGGAUACUGAUUUCACAAAUAGGCCAUCGAAGCUCAUUCGACUGAAGGACUUCCAGAGGGCCAUUUUGCAUAAUUUUGCACGUGCGCUACAGCUUGGGUUCAAAGAGGCAGAGUCAGCCUCUGCUGGUCAGGCUUUGGUUCUUCAAUUCACUCGGGAUAUGACUUACCUGGACGAGAUAGCCGCCAAAUUCCCUAACAGUAUAUUUCCCAGCACCAAGCUUAUCAAGGCCUUGUGUGCCAACUUGGAUAUUGUACCUCAGGAUAGUGAUGAAUUUGAUCAGGAAGAACUCCAGAGACUUAUGGAGCCACCGUCAAAACAUGCUAUGCCACCUUAUAAUAUUAUGGCGUCGACGUGGAUUAACCACAGGGCCAUCCUCACUGAUACGGGGUAUUUGGGCAUGGGGCCUGAUUCAACUCAAGCUGGGGAUGAGGUUUGGAUUAUCUCUGGGUGUCCUGCUCCGCUGGUUAUGAGGAAGGCAGAAGAGAGAAAUGAUUAUUGUCUUAUUGGAGAGACUUAUAUACAUGGCGCUAUGCAGGGAGAGGCUCUUACUGAUAAUGUUAUUUGGGAGAAUAUCAAGAUAGUCUGA